AUGCGCGCGGGCAGGACGGGCCCCCAGCACAAGGGGCACCGCCUCGGGCCCCGAACCGCUUACCGCACCGCCGCCCUCAGGGAGGGCCAGGGGAAGGAAAUUCGGCCGGGCCGGUGGAAAAAGCAUGCCCGGCCGGGGGCCCCCUGGGGGUGGGGCCGGACGCCCCUGCCCGAGGACGAGCCCGUGGACGAGGCGGGCCCCGGGGCGGCCCCCGGACGACCGCAGGAGCUCGACGCCCAAAGAGCACACCGAGUUUAG